CGCCAACCCAGACAGGAAGAUCACAUCAGUGACUCAACCCACUCAAGUUAGCGCAGUGCUUUGCAGGAAACAUAACUUACUUAGCUAGGCAUCGUAUUUGUUAUCUGCCCUCUUGGUGCUGGCAUCGGCUGUAGCUGAGCUUCUAAACCUUUUGUUUCGAAUCCUAUUUAGAAUCCUAUUUGCUAUGGUUGAAUAUCCCCAAUUUCAGUUGUGCCCAAAGGAUUGUUGUUAGUGUCUGCCUCCUUUUAAAUAAAGCCUGCCUUGAGGGAGGGACGGGGGCCAGAGCAACACAAGUUGUAGUCUUUCAGCGACUGGAAAAUGAUGUCUGCCUGUAUAUUUAGCAAUGAAUCCGCCGAUAGCAACAACGCUGAAAGAAGUCCACUGGCUCUAUCGAACAAGGACAACCAUAUCGACACCCACAAAAAUGUUUAGUAUGAUAAGUAGAACAUAGAGCCAUAGAAAAUGGGUUUUGGUGUGACUGCUCCUUUAAGACAACAGGAGAGGAUCAGGAUGGGUUUUGGUGUGACUGCUCCUUUAAGUCAACAGGAGAGGACCAGGACGGGUUUUGGUGUGACUGCUCCUUUAAGUCUACAGGAGAGGAUCAGGAUGGGUUAUGGUGUGACUGCUCCUUUAAGUCAACAGGAGAGGAUCAGGAUGGGUUAUGGUGUGACUGCUCCUUUAAGUCAACAGGAGAUGACCAGGAUGGGUUAUGGUGUGACUGCUCCUAUAAGUCAACAGGAGAGGAUCAGGAUGGGUUUUGGUGUGACUGCUCCUUUAAGUCAACAGGAGAGGAUCAGGAUGGGUUAUGGUGUGACUGCUCCUAUAAGUCUACAGGAGAGGUUCAGGAUGGGUUUUGGUGUGACUGCUCCUUUAAGUCAACAGGAGAGGACCAGGAUGGGUUAUGGUGUGACUGCUCCUUUAAGUCUACAGGAGAGGAUCAGGGUGGGUUUUGGUGUGACUGCUCCUUUAAGUCAACAGGAGAUGAUCAGGAUGGGUUAUGGUGUGACUGCUCCUAUAAGUCAACAGGAGAGGACCAGGAUGGGUUAUGGUGUGACUGCUCCUUUAAGUCAACAGGAGAGGACCAGGAUGGGUUAUGGUGUGACUGCUCCUUUAAGUCUACAGGAGAGGAUCAGGGUGGGUUUUGGUGUGACUGCUCCUUUAAGUCAACAGGAGAUGAUCAGGAUGGGUUAUGGUGUGACUGCUCCUAUAAGUCAACAGGAGAGGACCAGGAUGGGUUAUGGUGUGACUGCUCCUUUAAGUCAACAGGAGAGGACCAGGAUGGGUUAUGGUGUGACUGCUCCUUUAAGUCAACAGGAGAGGACCAGGAUGGGUUAUGGUGUGACUGCUCCUUUAAGUCUACAGGAGAGGAUCAGGGUGGGUUUUGGUGUGACUGCUCCUUUAAGUCAACAGGAGAUGAUCAGGAUGGGUUAUGGUGUGACUGCUCCUUUAAGUCAACAGGAGAUGAUCAGGAUGGGUUAUGGUGUGACUGCUCCUAUAAGUCAACAGGAGAGGACCAGGAUGGGUUAUGGUGUGACUGCUCCUUUAAGUCAACAGGAGAGGACCAGGAUGGGUUAUGGUGUGACUGCUCCUUUAAGACUGCCUCAACGUCCUCUCUCCUUACAUGGGCAUGCAUCCUGUCAGGUGACCAGGAAGUAGUCACAUUGCUUCUCGGAGAGUGCAUAGAAAUGACCGAAAUGCUCUCUACACAUUACACAUGCUGUGUGUGCAGGGGGUGGGGGUGUUGCUAUGGUGAUAAUGUGUGUGUGUGUGUUGGUUCUUCCAGGUGGGUUUAUAUAAUGGGGGAUGUGAGCGCUAGGUAACAGUACGCUGACAGGCAGAUGUGCUGUGAGGCUGUGAGGUGGGAUAUGCUGUAGCCAUCCCAUAAGCCAAAGGAAAGGUCCUUCCGUGACACCGUAAAUCACAGGUCUCCCCUUUUCAUUUGUCAAGGGAGGGUCAAGGGUUGGCGAUUUAAUUUCAGAAGAUAAAUCACCAUAUAUUGUUGAUACAAAUCUUCCCAGCAGUCCCCAAGCCUUUAAUUGGACACAGUGUUUACCCAAACAAACACAAACAUAUGCACGCACACACACACAUUCAUGUAUAUGUGCACAAACAUACACACACGCGCAUGUUGUUCAGUUGGUCAGGUGCGAGGUAAAUUAGUAUGUCUUCAUUAUUCGCUUCUAGACAUUUCUAUUACCUGAUAUUGACCCUGCAUUAAGGAUAAAAGAGAAAUUCAUUGUCAUUUUGGAUAUUGGUUAUUUCUAUAAACAGGUUUCCAUCCAACAUUUUUGCGGGUAAAGUCCAUGUCGGAUAAAUAAUGUCAUAACAGACCUGAUGGAAACAGGUAAACUUUCCAAAUGUCGAUCCCACAAAAGGUGGGAUCUUUUUGUGUCAGUAAAAAUAAUUAUGCAAGAAAUGUCGAUGGAAAUGCUAUUAUACGCAAAUCUCGGGAUAUGUUGUCGGAAUUGGUUCAGCCACCGGGCUUCUCCAUGCAUCGCCCCGACAGAGAUAAACACCUCUCUGGGAAGAGGAAGGGCGUGGGUGUAUGCUUCAUGAUGAACAACUUAUGGUGUAAUCAUAACCACAUACAGGAACUCAAGUCCUUCUGCUCACCCGACCUAGAAUUCCUUACAAUCAAAUGCCGGCUAUUUUACCUACCAAGAUAAUUCUCGUCAGUUAUAGUCACAGCUGUGUACAUUCCCCCUCAAGCAGACACCAAGACGGCCAUCAAGGAACUUCACUGGACUCUAUGCAAACUGGAAACCAUAUAUCCUGAGGCUGCAUUUAUUGUGGUUGGGGAUUUUAACAGAGCAAAUUUGAAAACAAGGCUACCUAAAUUCUACCAGCAUAUUGAUUGCUUUACUCACAUGGGCAAUACCCUCGACCACUGCUACUCUAUCUUCCGCGAUACAUACAAAGCCAUCCCCCGCCCACCCUUCGGCAAAUCCGACCACAAUGCCAUCUUGCUCCUACCAUCUUGUAGACAGGAACUCAAACAGGAUGUACCAGUGACGAGAACCAUUCAAAGCUGGUCCGACCAAUCGGAAGCUACGCUUCAAGAUUGUUUUGAUCAAUCACGCAGACUGGAAUAUGUUCCUGUCAGCCUCAGAGAACAACAUCGACCUAUACGCUGACUCGGUGAGUGAGUUUAAAAAGAAGUGGAUUGGAGAUGUUGUAUCCACUGUGACUUAUUAAACCUACCCUAGCCAGAAACAGUUGAUGGAUGGCGGCAUUCACGAAAAACUGAAAGCGUGAUCCACCGCAUUUAACCAUGGAAAGAGGUCUGGGUAUAUGACUGAAUAUAAACAGUGUAGUUAUUCCCUCGGCAAUGCAAUCAAACAAGCGAAACGCCAGUACAGGGACAAGGUGGAGUCGCAAUGAAACGGCUCAGACACAAGACGUAUGUGGCAGGGUCUACAGGAAAUCACGACCUAGAAAAUGAAAACCAGCCCCGUCACGGACACCGACGUCACACUUCCAGACAAACUAAACACCUUAUUUGCCCGCUUUGAGGAUAAUACAGUACCACCGCCG